UAAAAAUAAUUUAUGCAUAAUUGAAAAUGCAAUUUUCCCUAAAACACUGUAUUUGGUCCUGUUCUGACUCUUGCCAAUAACGAUCCGUAUAUUCCUUGUAGCAAAACCACGAUCCGAUCACCGCCGCCGCUUCCGCUGCCGCUGCCGCACCACCUCAUCAGUGCCGCUCCAGCAAUCAGUUGAACCAAUGACUCGACAAGCCACUAGACUGAUUAGCAACGUCACGCCAAAGCUGUUAUACUCUAGGCAGCUCCAGCAGUACCGCAACUUCGGAUCGGCUCCCCCUCCUCCAGCGGUGUUUGUGGACAAGAACACCCGUGUCAUUUGCCAAGGCAUCACCGGAAAGAAUGGCACUUUCCACACAGAACAGGCCAUUGAAUAUGGCACCAAUAUGGUUGGAGGAGUUACGCCAAAAAAGGGUGGAACAGAGCACUUGGGACUUCCUGUUUUCAACUCUGUAGCAGAAGCAAAAGCUGAAACAAAAGCUACUGCAUCAGUGAUUUAUGUUCCUCCACCUUUUGCAGCUAGAGCCAUUUUGGAGGGAGUGGAGGCUGAACUAGAUUUGGUCGUUUGCAUCACGGAGGGCAUCCCUCAACAUGACAUGGUUCGUGUCAAGGCUGCUCUCAACCAGCAGUCAAAAACUCGACUCAUUGGACCAAAUUGUCCUGGCAUUAUCAAGCCUGGAGAAUGCAAAAUUGGAAUUAUGCCUGGAUACAUCCACAAACCAGGACGUAUUGGAAUUGUUUCACGAUCUGGAACAUUGACUUAUGAAGCUGUUUUCCAAACCACUGCUGUUGGUCUUGGGCAGUCUACAUGUGUAGGAAUUGGUGGGGAUCCUUUUAAUGGAACGAAUUUUGUUGACUGCGUAGAAAAAUUUCUUGUGGAUUCACAGACAGAAGGCAUUGUUCUAAUUGGUGAGAUAGGUGGUACGGCUGAAGAAGAUGCUGCAGCCCUUAUAAAGGAAAGUGGAACCGCAAAGCCUAUUGUUGCUUUUAUAGCUGGACUUACUGCUCCACCUGGUCGGCGAAUGGGUCAUGCAGGAGCUAUUGUAUCAGGAGGUAAAGGUACAGCGCAAGACAAAAUUAAGACCCUCAGAGAAGCUGGGGUUACUGUAGUUGAGUCACCUGCAAAGAUUGGCACUGCAAUGCUUGAAGUCUUCAAGCAGAGGGGUCUUGUUUGAGCCAGUAAGAUAUAUUUACUAAUGAUUUUCUUUCGUUUUUCCCCAUUUUGGCAGACGGGAAAUGGCUAUCCGUUUGUCAAUCUAUUCCUGUUUCUGCGUACAAUAACGAAUGAUCAUUGCUUAGCAACCUUUAGAAAGCUUCAGAAUUCUUUCUUGAUAUGCUGUUGGUUUCAUCAUCAUCAAUAGGUACACACAAUUCUUCUUGUGUAAACGAGUUUUGAAAUAAUGAUUUAACUUUGUUAGAUGGAA